UUAUCAUAUUUAAGGCAUCCAUUUACUUUAUGAUUUUAUGAAUACUUGAAAAUUUUGAACUUACUGAUCUUAAAUUUACUAGGGCAAGAGAGAGGGGAGGGAGAGAUAGAAAGAGACGGAAUGGAAUUUGGCCAUUUAUUUAUGGCUGUAACCGUCUUUGUACAUGAGAGGAAUGACUUCAUAAUUGAGGAGGCUUUUGGUAAUAAGCCACUAUGUUUUCAAGUGAAUUACUCUCUGGAAAAAAAUAGCCUUUGAAAUAUUAUGUCAUACAAGUUCAGACCAAGGAGGGAAUAAGUUGACUAUUUAAUUAGGCUCCAUAUGGCUUGAACUCUUGGGAGAGCCACCUGAAACAGGACCCUGUUAAGAAAUUAUUCUGUGUCAUACAUAAUCGUGUUCAAGAGGUCUUGGUAAUUUGUAUUGAAAAAUGAUAAUUGGCAUCAUCCUCAAAGAUGAGUUCUGUGACCUUAGAUGUUUUCUGAUUCAGCUUAGCAGUGACACUAAGAUUUAUACUGAAACCUCUUUGAAUAUUACUGGGAACACCCCACCCCCAACUUUUUAUAGUUCACUGAGUGUGAAGAGCUCCUUCCUAGUAUUUCAUCUUAAUCCGGUGAUUGGCUUCCAUGUUAUAACCAAAAGGAAAAUGUCUCUGGGUGUGGUGGGGAAGGGGAACUUGCUGGACACGGGGUCAAGAGGAUAGAGAAACGCCAGCUGCUUUUAUUUAGCAAAUAUUUACUGAUCAUUCCUGCCCCUGUGUAUUUGCUCCUUGUGCACUGGGAUCUGAAUUGAUCAAAAAGGUCUGCAUGUAUGGAGUCUUUCCUCAUAGAAAUGCUUAGGCUUCCCUUGGAUGCUUUGUCCUCUUUUUUUAAAAAUGGUGCAGAAGAAUGCUGGCCUGAGUGUAGUCCGUUUGUAUGGAGAUGACUCUCUCCCUUAUCUGGGCAAAAGUUUUGUUGGAGGAGAGAAGGUGGGAGUAGGCAGUAACCAAAUAUGUACCCUGAGUGCAAGUGAUAAUUGACCUCACUGAUUAGAGAGAGGAGGGAAACAUAGUUUAUAAGUCUUCUUCAUAGGAUAUUUCAAGUUAGAUGUUUUUCUGAAUUUGGUUUCUGAUUUGAAAACUGGUCCGAGCUGUUUUUUGUUUCAUCCGAACAAAUUUACCGUGAAUUGAGGGGUAGAGUGUUUCUUAAGCCUCAGAUCUUUAGGCAGCGAGUCAUUUCCAUGUUGUUGAGACAUUUUCUAGCCUUUAUUGCCCCGUGUAGCUCAUGCUUUUCUCUGGAUGUUUUGACUCCUUAAGAAACUCGCAAUAACAAAUUAACAAUCACACUCCUCUGGAAUGAAAACACGCUGUAGUGGAGUAAUAAAUAGCAGUUCUGGAAACCUGAGUAAACAGAAAACUCUGCUUUCUUGCUUAAGAAGGCUCUAGAUAAGGCGUCCAGUGUCCAACAGAUACAAAGCAAGAUACACCAUGUAAAGCAAAAAGACAUGAAUGUGCUUUUCAUUUUAAUUGUCCAAGGGAUUGUGGGGUGGAAACCGUAGAUGCACUUUCAUUCUUUAAAACUUACUAAGUAAAUUAUUUUCAGUCUUCUGACCUUCCUUCCCUCAAGUGGACCAUUACUGAUCAACAGGUUUGACUAGUUAAAAUGAGCUGCAUUUGUUUGGGAACCCCAUGGUGGCCUCCGGCUUCUCCACUUCCUGUCAUUCUCUGGUCUAAGUGGGAAUAGCCCUGGGCCUUGACCUUGCUGGGGAAGAUGUGAAUCUGCACAGUGCUAAGAAGGAGUGCUGCCCAGGUACUGCUUGUCCUUGUACAACCCUCGUCUGUCUCAUCAAGUGGCCCAUCGGAAUUUUUCUAUCACGGUGAGAUUAUAGUCAGCUCCAGGGACUAUUUCCAUCCACCCUAUUCAUGGAGUUGCUUGCUCUGGUGGUGGCGGUGGAUGGAGUAAAAUUAUACCCUCCCAAGUAUCAUUGCUGACCGGGAUUCUUAUCAACAGAAAAUGAUAAGAGGCCAGACAAGAAAUUCAGGUGAGGCUUUUCUGGGGCCCCUGCGGCAGCAGAAGGGAGCAAAAACAACAGGUUCCCUUGCUCACUCCCCAAGGAGGGAUGAUCUGGUUCCUUACAGGUGGCGAGGGUAGGGAUGGGUCCAGGGGUCAGGCUGGAGGGGCGGCUUAGGCGGUCUUCUUGCCCCUUUGGUGGUGCUGUGUGCAGGGGGCAUGCCCAGUACCCUGCUUUUGCUCCUGGAUCCUCAGAAGUGGCAGUUGGCUUUUUGUAUCUUGUUGUCUGUAGUUUGCCCCAACUGCACAUGGACGCAGCUAUUUUUAGUCCCAUAUAGUUUUUUUGUAUUUUGUUGCUCAAGGAGAGGUUAGUCCAGGUGCAAACACUGCAACAAAGGGUUCCAGGUCCCAGGUCCUAGCUUAUCUGAGGGUGAACACUUGAUUUGAUCAGAGGCCAUUGUCAUGGAAGAAGAUGUUACAGCUCCUUUAUGACCAUAAGUGCUUGGAGGAGAACAUUGACGCGCACAGAAUCUGAAUGCCUGGGGACUUUGGAUUUCCCAUUAAUCAAAAAGACACCUUAAAGAACCUGCUGAGAUUUAUGAAUUUUCUUUAGAUUCCUACUGAGGAAUUGGAGCAUUCUGGAGCAAAAUGAAAGCGUUUAUUUUGAGGCCUCCAGAGUAGUGCUGCUACAGACCAUGAACAAGAAAGAGGAGACCUCAGCCCGCACGAACGGUCUUGAAAUGCAAAUGGUCUUGGGUCUAGGCUUUUUGUAUUGAGUUUCUCUACUGUCUCCCCUUCUGCUCAAGCAAAAUCUGUGUGAAAAGAUCUGCUGGGAAGGAGCUGACUGCUUAUGAUUCUCCAUUGUGAUGAAAGCACAUGGUACAGUUUUCCAAAGAAAUUAGUCCGUUUUCUGGGUGAAGAGAAACCAAUCUGUUUUCACAGGGUACUUCUCCCUUCCCUGUGAAAGGAAGAAAGGACACGCCUGGGCCCAGGAGCGCUCCAGCUUCUUCUGGGAAGUCUCCAUGGUGAAGGACAGGUUGGGGCUACCUGUGAACCGUGCACAGUGAAUGUUAUUCCAGGGCGGCUGCUGGCGGAUCGCACCCACAGGGAGAUGAUUCCUCAUGAAGAGCCUGGAUCCCCUACAGAAAUCAAAUGUGACUUUCCGUUUAUCAGACUGAAAGCAGAGCCAGCCAGAGAGUGAAACGGUCACCGUGGAGGGGGGACGGCGAAAAAUGAAAUCCAACCAAGAGCGCAGUAACGAAUGCCUGCCUCCCAAGAAGCGCGAGAUCCCCGCCACCAGCCGGCCCUCGGAGGACAAGGCCACGGCUGUGCCCAGCGACAACCACCGCGCGGAGGGCGUGGCAUGGCUCCCGGGCCACGCGAGCGGCCGGGGCCACGCGGGCGGGCGGCUAGGGCCGGCGGGGCCCCCGGCAGAGCUCGGUUUACAGCAGGGAAUAGGUUUACACAAAGCGCUGUCCGCGGGGCUGGACUACUCCCCACCCAGCGCGCCCCGGUCCGUCCCGGCGACCACGACGAUGCCCGCGUACCCGCCCCCGCAGUCCGGGGCCCCGGUGUCGCCCGUGCAGUACGCCCACCUGCCGCAUACCUUACAGUUCAUCGGCUCUUCCCAGUACGGCGGGCCCUACGCCGGCUUCAUCCCUUCUCAGCUGAUCUCCCCCACGGCCAGCCCCGUCACCAGUGCGGUGGCCUCGGCCGCGGGGGCCGCCACUCCAUCCCAGCGCUCCCAGCUGGAGGCCUAUUCUACCCUGCUGGCCAACAUGGGCGGCCUGAGCCAAGCCUCGGGACACAAGGCUGAGCAGCAGCAGCACUUGGGCAGGACCGCGGGGCUCCUGCCCCCCGGGUCCCCACCACCCACCCAGCAGAACCAGUACAUGCACAUCUCCAGCUCUCCGCAGAGCGCCGCGCGCCCGGCCUCCCCGCCGGCCAUCCCCGUCCACCUGCACCCGCACCAGACGAUGAUCCCGCACACGCUCACCCUGGGGCCCUCCCCGCAGGUCGUCGUGCAGUACAGCGACUCCGGCAGCCACUUUGUCACCCGCGAGGCCACCAAGAAAGCCGAGAGCAGCCGGCUGCAGCAGGGCGCGCAGGCCAAGGAGAUCCUGAACGGGGAGAUGGAGAAGGGCCGCAGGUACGGGGCGCCCACCGCGGCCGACCUGGGCCUGGUGAAGGCGGGCGGCAAGGCCGUUCCCCACCCGUACGAGUCCAGGCACGUGGUGGUCCACCCCAGCCCUGCCGACUACGGCAGCCGCGACUCCUCCGGGGUGCGGGCCUCUGUGAUGGUCCUGCCCAACAGUAGCACCCCUGCCGCCGACCUGGAGGUGCAGCAGGUCACCCACCGAGAGGCCUCCCCCUCCGCCCUCAACGACAAAAGCGGCCUGCACCUAGGGAAGCCCGGGCACCGGUCCUACGCGCUGUCUCCCCAGCAGGCCCUGGGCCCUGAAGGCGUGAAGGCCGCCGCCGUCGCCACGCUGUCCCCCCACACGGUCAUUCAGACCACACACAGUGCUUCGGAGCCCCUCCCGGUGGGACUGCCGGCCACAGCCUUCUACGCAGGGACUCAGCCGCCCGUCAUCGGCUACCUGAGCAGCCAGCAGCAAGCGAUCACCUACGCCGGCGGCCUGCCCCCGCACCUGGUCCUCCCCGGCACCCAGCCCCUGCUCAUCCCUGUGGGCAGCGCUGACAUGGAGGGGUCGGGGGCAGCCUCGGCCAUCGUCACGUCGUCGCCCCAGUUUGCUGCAGUGCCUCACACGUUCGUCACCACCGCCCUUCCCAAGAGCGAGAACUUCAGCCCCGAGGCCCUGGUCACCCAGGCCGCCUACCCAGCCAUGGUGCAGGCGCAGAUCCACCUGCCCGUGGUGCAGUCGGUGGCAUCCCCUGCAGCCGCGCCCCCUACGCUGCCUCCCUACUUCAUGAAAGGCUCCAUCAUCCAGCUGGCCAACGGGGAGCUGAAGAAGGUGGAGGACUUAAAAACGGAAGACUUCAUCCAGAGUGCGGAGAUCAGCAACGACCUGAAGAUCGACUCCAGCACUGUGGAGAGGAUCGAGGACAGCCACAGCCCGGGCGUCGCCGUGAUACAGUUCGCUGUCGGGGAUCACCGAGCACAGGUCAGCGUGGAAGUUUUGGUAGAGUAUCCUUUUUUUGUGUUUGGACAGGGCUGGUCAUCCUGUUGCCCGGAGAGAACCAGCCAGCUCUUUGAUUUGCCGUGUUCUAAACUCUCCGUUGGGGAUGUCUGUAUCUCGCUCACCCUCAAGAACCUGAAGAAUGGCUCUGUUAAAAAGGGCCAGGCCGUGGAUCCCGCCAGUGUCCUGCUGAAGCACUCAAAGACCGACGGCCUCGCGGGCAGUAGACACAGGUACGCCGAGCAGGAAAACGGGAUCAAUCAGGGAAGUGCCCAGAUGCUCUCUGAGAAUGGCGAACUGAAGUUUCCAGAAAAAAUUGGAUUGCCUGCCGUGCCCUUGCUCACCAAAAUAGAACCCAGCAAGCCCGCGGCCACGAGGAAGAGGAGGUGGUCGGCGCCGGAGAGCCGCAAACUGGAGAAGUCGGAAGACGAGCCACCUUUGACUCUUCCUAAGCCUUCUCUCAUUUCUCAGGAGGUUAAGAUUUGCAUUGAAGGCCGCUCUAAUGUAGGCAAGUAGAGGCCGUGUGGGGAAAGGAAAUCUGGCCCUCCUUUAUCAUUUGUAUCCAGAUUACUGUACUGUAGGCUAAAUAACACAGUAUUUACAUGUUAUCCUCUUACUUUAGGGUUCUGUUAUAACCUUGUCCUUAGAGUUACAGCGGGGGUUGGGCAGGAGAUGGUGCAUAUGCUUUUUCCACGCGUGUCUCUCAGUGGGGUGGGCAGGCAGGGGCUGGGGCAGGCGUCCUGGUGGAAAUGAACGUGGCCUCACGGUGCCUGCCUUUUCUAGCAGUGCAGAUGCACCCAUGGGGUGCCGACUUCUCCCGGUUUCAGGACAACGGGCUGCAGGGGGUGCGUGCGUGCAUGCAAGUGAGGGUGCCCGGGUGCCACGGCAGGUGAGGGUCUCUUUCUCUCUGCCUCGCUCUCUCUUGCUCUCAGCACGGGAUUGGAGGUCCAGGGGAAUGUCCUCAUGAGGUUCUCACGUGCAAAAUCAGCAUCAGGACCCCAGGUUCAGGGCAUCCCAGAGAGGCCGUCAGACAGCAGAUGGAAAACUAACCGUGUAAAAGAACAUUUUUUUUCCUCCAACAUAUUUUACAGUAAAAGCGACUUUUAAUCAUAGAGAUAUAUAUUCCCCCCAUGGGGCCUGACUGCACUGAUAUUUUUUUAAAUAUGGGAUUUCGUUUCUGCUUUACUAGUGCAGUGAUGUCUCCAGGGCAUCGUGGUGGGCAGGGCAGCCCCCGCUGCCAUCGCUCCGCACCCGGGGGGUGGGCAGCCGGGGUGGCGGAGAGUGAAACCCACCCUGGUCUCUGUGCAGUGUUAGGAAAACCAAUCAGGUUAAUCGCAUUGACUUCACUCCCAAGAGAUAGACACAAGAGAGCCGCGGAAGCUCUUCGCAUUGGGUUUGCAAAUCUUCUGUCUUUUAACUCUAGUACUGUUUAUAGUUCAUGACUAUGGACAACUCGGGUGCCACUUUUUUCAGAUUCCAGUGUGACGUGAGGAAUUAGAUUUUGAAGAUGAGCAUAUAUAUUACUAUCUCUAAGCACUUAAAAUACUGUUCACACUUUAUUACCAAGCAUCUUGGUCUCUCAUUCAACAAGUACUGUAUCUCACUUUAAACUCUUUGGGAAGAAAAACUAAGUUGCUUUCUUUUUUUUUCAACACUGUAACUACAUUUCAGCUCUGCAGAGUUUCUCACGGAGCAAGAUGUUGAAAGUUUCAAUGUGGUUUAAUGGGAUGAAUGUGAAUUUUGAACUAGUAUGUGACAAUGAAUGACCACCAAGUACAGCCUGACAGGAGGCACUCUUCACUUUGAUGUUUGAGAAGGAAUUAAAAGCAUAUGCAGAGCUGGCAGAGGAACUGAGAGGAAAGGGAUGGAAAAAAGAAUACUCACUUUUGUCCAGUGUUUUUCUUUUUAAGACGAACUUUUAAAGAACCUUGCGAUUUGCACAUCUUGAGUUUAUAAUUUGUGUGAUAUUCCUGCAGUUUUUAUCCAAUAACAUUGUGGGAAAGGUUUGGGGGACUGAACGAGCAUAAAUAAAUGUAGCAAAAUUACUUUCUAACCUGCCUAAACUCUAGGCCAUUUUAUAAGGUUAUGUUACUUUCAGAAUUCAUUUUGGUCUUCUUACCGCAUCUGUCACAUAAAACCAGGUCUUAGCAGGACAACUCUGAGAAUUUUCUUCAGAUUCAUUGAGAGAGUUUUCCAUAAAGACGUUUAUGUAUGUGAGCAAGUUUUUUUUUUUUUAAAAGAAAACGAUUACUUUGUUGUUGUUACUGAUGUUAUUUUCAGAAUGACUUUUAUUUUUCCAUCUGAAAUCAAUUCAAGAUUUAAUGUUUGGUACAAACCCAGAAAAGGGUAUUUCACAGUUGAAACCUUUUAUUCCCAGAGAUCUGAAAUAUUGUUUGUGGGUUUUGAGUGUGCAUUUUAAAGUGCUUUAAAAAAAAAUGUUUUAUAAGGAGGGAGAAAUUUUUAAAUAUCCUUACUUGGAAUGGCUGCAACUUACCUGAACAAAUACCUGAUUUUUCUUUUACCAUUGAGAAUAGUACUUUUUCCAUUUUUCACCAAUUAAAAAAAAAUUCUAAUGUCAACCCACAUUUUGGCUAUCUAGUAUUCACAUUUAGCUCUCAGCAGAACUAAUGAUUUUUACAAACCAUUUUCUGGGGUGUACCAAAAACAUUGGAAUAGGUUUAGAAUAGCUAGAUCCAGUCCUUGACUUUCUUUGAUUUUCAUUACCCUCUCAGCAUGCUAGCGGAGAGCUGGGUGAGUCCAUUCUUGCAGUCAUAUUGCUUAUUUAGUGCUGUAUUUUUUUAAAUGUCUCUGUUCAGAGAACUUGCUUAAUCUUCCAUAUAUUCUGCUCAGGGCACUUGCAAUUAUUAGGCUUUGUUUUUCUUUUUGUUUUGAUGGUAAGAGGAAUAUGGGGCUGCCAUUAUAGACUUUGUCCUCAUCAGUACCACUAAUUACAGCAACUCAUGUGGACUCAGAGAAACACCCACCACCUUCUGGCUUCUCUCGAGUAUCGAACUAACUGGAUCCACACCUCCAACACUAAAAUGGGAAAACAUAACAUGGUUUGGAGCAAUAGGAACAUCAUCAUCGUUUUUGUGCUUCUAUUUCAGGUAUAGGAAUUAUCAAAUAAUUGGUUCUUUCUAAACAUUGUCCCAUUUCACUUUCUUCUUUAGCACGUGCAAUACUUUCCGUGCCAAUAGAGUCUGAUCAGUGUGCUCUAGAGGAAGCUCAGACCCUUUUGGCUUUUUCCUCACUCGGUCCCUCUUUCCUGUUCUGGCCAGAGAAGGGCUGGAAGGAAGGAGCCAGGAAGGGGAGGGCCUCCUGCUGCGCGUUUGCCCCGCUGCGGAUGCCGAAUCCUGGGGCAGGGAGCUUUCUUUCGGGAGCCCUGUCUGCCGCCUUGUUGCAGAAAGAGCAAAGCGAAGGAGGUGGAAGGGGAGAAGGGCACUUCCCCCGUCACCACGAGGAGUAGCGAAUGUGCAGUGCAGACGGGAGGGAGACAGAGUCCUUUCUGAGGCGCACUCUGGAGCAAUAGUGCCAGGAUCAACCCAUGUUCCACGAUCUUUUCUGCGAGUGGGCAGGUCUGUGUCCUUGAGACUUCGAGCCGAGCCUCUGGGCGCGGGCAGGAAGCGUGGCCCGCCGUGUGCGCGCCUUCCAAGCGUCCGGCCGGUGGCUACGGAAGGGGCCACCUGUGAACAGUGGUCACCACUCCUUUGUGGCAGCUCUCUCUUCAAAUAGAACAUCCAGAGGACAGGGGCCUCCUCUUGUUUGCAGACACUGGCGAGCCCCAAGGCUCCCAGAGCAGCCUUUGUCACUGCGCCUGCGUAGCCAACCUAACAAUGACAGGCAUAGAAACCCUUCCGUGCCGCGCAGCUCACGAGGAUCAGCCAUGUGCCUCUGUACUGUGUCCACUUUGCAAUAUUUACUGAACCCGUCUUUCGUUCUUUUCUUUCUUUCCUGUUUUCCAUUUUGAAACUAAUAACAGCAGGCCUUUUGCGUUUACAGUGGAACACAAUCACCAAGAAAUUAGUCAGGGCGAAAAGAAAAAAAUAACAAUUAACCAACAAACAUGAACCUCUCUUUAUAGGGAUUUCUAAAUACAUAAAAUGACUGUUCCUUCCUUAGAAUGUUUUAACGUAAGAACUAUUUCAGUUUGUCUGGGCCACAUUGGGGGUGAGGUGGGGAUAGAGAUGGAUGCCACUUACCUCAAAUCUUUUAAAGUGGAAAUCCAAAAUUGCUUUUUCAUUUGGACGUUCAGGAUAAUUUUCUACGUUGGUCAAUUUUUUUGUCUUUUCCAACUCACCCAGUUUGUUUUGGGAUGAUUUUUUUUUUUU